AUGGCCAAACUAGAGGCCCUCUCUGUCCUUAGUGACCCCAGCUACCGCGGCCAAGAAGCCUUCCGCCCCUUCGAGCCCAGGCUCUCCGAAUCCGCCUCCCAAAGCAGCAUGGGAAGCGUGGGCAGCGGCGUCGCCGGCGAGCAGGAAUUUGCCAUGAAGAGCGUAGGGACCAGGACUCAGAACGGCGGGCGGCAGGUGGACGGGUCCCGGAACAGCUACAUUCCACGGGAGAUCACCAACCGCUACUCUGGGGAGGAGAAGACCUACAAGUCGGAGAAGAUCUACAUCAACGGGGACCUGCGCAAGAGCGAGAAAGUGAAGGCGGAUCUCUGCGGGAACGUGGCAGCCAACAAUGAGAAGAACAUCCCACCACCUCCCCAGUACAGAGAGCCCAAUAACCCACCAAAGAUAUUGCCAAUCUCUGGGAAACUAGACCAGAGCAACGAGCCCUUAGUUAGACCUUCAGCCUUUAAACCUGUCGUUCCUAAGAACUUCCAUUCCAUGCAGAAUCUGUGUCCACCGCAGAGCAAUGGAAUAUCUGAGAACCGAAAGACCUUGAACCACACCAACAGCAAUAGCCCUUCCACUGUCAAAAGCGGCCUGGAGAAGCCCAGCCUUAACAGGACUACCAACCCAGCGGGCGGACUCUCCGAUUCGGGCCGCAACUCUUUGACGAGCCUGCCCACGUACGGCACGGGCUAUAGUCAGCACGUCGGCCCAAUGAGCGCAUCAACCAGCCACAUCAACCGCAUUGGGACGAGCUAUGGGGACAAGAACAUUGUGGGAUACAAUGGGAUAUCUACCUCAGACAGCGGGCGGUCUUCCAGCAAGAGCACCUCUUCCUUCAGUCGGCUCAACCAUCUCAAUGAAACGAUGCCUUUCCACUCUCCUUCCACGGACGACAUCAUCCAGGACUUGGAGGACCGGCUGUGGGAGAAGGAGCAAGAGGUCCUCCAGAUGAGGAGGAACCUGGACAAGAGCGAGGCGGCCAUUUACCAGGUCUUUGAGGAGAAGCAGAAGAUCUGGGAGCGGGAGAUGGACGACCUUCGCCAGAACUAUGCCAACAAACUGCAACAGGUCUCCAAGAAGGCCCAGAGGGCCCAGCAGGCUUUGCAGCUCCAGAUCUUCAAGCUCCAGCAAGAGAAGAAGAAGUUACAAGACGACGUGGCUCAGCUCCUGCAGCAGCGGGAAGAGCUGGAGAAGAAAUUUGUAGCGUUCAAGAAAGAACAAGCUGAGUUUCUUCCCAAGAUUGAAGAGACCAAGUGGGAGGUGUGCCAAAAGGCAGGUGAGAUUUCCCUGCUGAAGCAGCAGCUGAAGGAUUCCCAAUCCGAUGUCUCCCAGAAGCUAAACGAGAUCGUAGGCCUGCGGACGCAGCUCAAGGAAGGCAAGAGCUUCCUCCGGGAGAAGGAAGAGCAGAUGCUGACUCUGAAGGACUCCUACAGCAACAAGAGCGUCAGCCUGGACAUCUGUGAGAACGAGCUGCAGCAGAAGAUGACCGAGGUGCAGAUGCUGAGGGAGAAGCUCAGCCAGUGCGAGGCGGAGGUGUCCAGCCUGAAGCAGGCCUUGGCCAGCCUGGGCAGCCCCCACGGCCACACUGACCCCUCUGAGCUGGCGGAGAAGCUGGCUCGAGGGGACCCCUUGGCCUGUGAGAGUGACGAGGCCAAGAUGAAGCGGCAGAGCGAGGAGAACCUCGGCGCCCUCAAGAAGGAGGUGGAGCGGCUCCAGGCGGAGCUGAAGGCGGAGCGCCAGCAGCGGGAGCAGCAGGUGGCGGACUUCGAAGGGGAGCGCCGCACUUGGCAGGAGGAGAAGGAGAAGGUCAUCAAGUACCAGAAGCAGCUGCAGCUGAACUAUGUGGAGAUGUACCAGAAGAACCAAAUCUUGGAGCACAAGGUGAACGAAAUGACCAGCAAAGUCGCCAGCUCGCCGCACACUGACGAGAAGAAAACAUGGACUCCAUCCAGGUUGGAGAGGAUAGAGUCCACUGAGAUUUAAGGAAAGGACCAAGGUGUUUAAAGUACGUUUGUUUUGGGUUUUCUUCCCCUUUGCCCUAAUUACUGUGCAUGUACUUCAGCCGGUGAUCUUCCUAAAGAGAAUAUGCUAUGUAACCAGCAGCAGCAUAGGUUCGUUUGCACUGGGUCUCCUCCAAUCUGCUAUGGUGCUCUACAGGUUCCUAAAAAAAGAAAAACUACAAAGGUGUGCUUUCAUGUUGGAUGGAUGAUCUGACGUGAGGAGUGUAUGUGGUUUGUGUGGGGUGUUUUACUAUUAUUUUGCUAACUCCAUUGAAAAAUGUAUUGGCAAUUUAUCUAAAGGAGAGAUGGGCAAAGAGCUGGCUGAGGGUUUCAUGCAGGACCGUCUUUGUGGCUCCUAGGUUCCUGAAAAAUAUUUUUCAAAGGGUAUUAUUUUGUCCUCAAUUGCCUUCCAGGGCAUAUGUAGAGAGGGAUUUUGCCAUGUUUACUCCUCUGGGUCAUUUUAAAGUCCAGAAGAGAUUUUUAAAAAACUAGCUACUGAAUAGGAAUUUAUUUUGGGACACUUCCUACUAUUAAUAUGGCCUAAGACAUGGUGAAACUGACAGGAGUAACCCUCCAAGGUCACAUAUUGGGGGUGGGGGCAAUGUGGCCCCUUAAAUGGUAGUCUCUCUUGCACUAUAGUAUGAUUAUCAUCAUCCUCUGCCCCCUUUUUAUGUUCUGCUGAUGGAGGCAGUCCUAGAUGCAUUUGCCAGGGCAUUUUAGCUGCACUGGCCAGGGAAGUUGAAACCAAUGCACUUGUGGCACAUGUAGGUUUGCCAUUCUUCUUCCCAUUAACAUAUCAGGAUGGGGGGGGGGGGGGCUAAGGGCAAAAUGCAACCCUAUGAUCUCCAAUACAUGCAUCCACAUAGCUGUUUUUGUAGCUCUUUUUUUCUAAAAUAUUUUUCCUUGUUCCCCCACUCUCCCAAAACAUUCUAAAAUAGAAAUAUAUUUGGGUUGCUGUGAGCCCCUUUGUGCUGCAUGGCCAUGCCGCAACAGCACUCUCUCCUCAAGCCAUCUUCUUCGUCUUCUCCUCCUGUUCUUCCUGCUCUCUAGCCUGUUUCACCUUGAAAAAGCACCCUUCGUGCUUCUGCUACAGUUCUUCUUGUUGCUGUCUCUUUUCUUCCUUCAGUUUCUAUUUGCAAAAUUUUGUGGCCUCUUCUUUUUUUAAAAAAAGAUGUUCCAGGAGUUGCCACUCCUUUAGGAGUGGAUGAUUAUUCAACUCCUUUGGCUUGCAGAGCUUGGCAUUCCCAACAUACUUGGUUUCUCCUGCAUUCUGUUUUUAAAUGCCUUGAAUGGGAGAACCUGGGCAGUGGUCUUUACAAGAGCGUUUGGCUUGAUCAAUGAUUUAACGGCUUUGGCUCACAGAGCUUUCUUUGUCAGACAUUGCAUAUCUAACUGUCUUCAAUGGACGUAGGACCUUGUUGACAGGGUAAGGAGGCAGAACCUUUCUGUUUGGUGGACAGAAGUUAUCUUGUUUGUGCUCUAUAUCACCAAGCACUGUUGUACAGCUUCCUUGUCCCCCAAUGUCUUCAUUCUUUUCAGGGCUGCCCACCUUUUGUUGUUCUCCUUCCUGCUGAUCUUGAGCCUGGAGACUUGCAAUCAUGUUGGUCUUGACCCAGACAGACUCCCUGAACCACCUUUUAGCUGAUCUCCAAAAAUGGUGUACCCAGGAGAGGGAAUCCAGCUUUUAAAUAAGAUGUAGAAAACCCCUAACACCUCUUUUGCAAAACCUCAAAUUGACUUUUGGACACUCCUGCCCAAUGUGCAAAAUCUAUGUUCAGGUCUGGAGAAGCAGAAUUGCAUAUGUCAUGCUACUGCCAACAUUUCACAUUGGAGAACGUGCAAGAUGAAAACUGGGACAUGUGUGGUCAGGGAACACCAGAGAGUGGACAAGAUGGCCAAAGUUAUUCAUGAGGUAUAACAAGCUGGGAGAGGCUGUAGCAGUUUGGUUUUGCUGUAAGCUACUGGUAAUGGUAAGAUUCCUCACCUUCCUUCUUUCCCUCCCCUGCUAAGUUAACGGAGUACAAACUAUUUUUGCAGUUUGUAGUAAUUUAAGCAAAUUGAGGACAAAGGGGAGAACUGAGAGGAGGAGAUGGAAACUGAGCAUUUAAAUGCAGCUGGAAAGAUGGGGUGACUCAGGACUGUCUCUGCCAUAUCAGGACAGUUGGGGUGUAUACAUUGUGCAUUGCACAUGGAUGCAUGUCCUCCUUUGUUUGCACAUUGGGUUUUCCAUUUGCUUUCUUGGUUCAGUCACACAGCCUUGCUGCUCAAGAUGCAGAACAAUUAAUGUAUAUUUCUUUAUGCAGAGAUUUAAGCAAUACAACCCAAGUUAGGCUCUCACAUCCACUUCGGCUAUUGUUUUCUUCAUUUAUUUUUUACAGUGUAUAUGUUGUGCAUAUGCACAGCAUCUCCAAGAAUAGAAGUUAUACAGGAUGAGUUUCCAUAAUUCCAAAAUUUGACGUACUCCAAAACUAUCCAAAUGGGUGGCUGAAAUAGUGAUGUUUCAAUUUAUAUAAGGACAUGAGAGAAGCCUCCCACAUGGAUGUUAAAACAUCUGGGCAUCCCCUGGGCAACGUCUUUGCAGACUGCCAAUUCUCUCACACCAGAAGCGACUUGCAGUUUCUCAAGUCGCUCCUGACACGAAAAAAAUGUAUAUAAAGGUUGCUUCAGGCACAAAUUACUCAAAAUAUAGUAUACUUUCACACUAGGUAGAUGUCUAUGAAACAUCAAUGAAUUUCAUGUUUUGACUUGGGCCUUUUCUCCGAUACCUCAUUAAGUACAUAAUUACAAAUAUUGGUAUUCCAAAAUUCAAAUGAAUCCAAAAUAUUAUUGGCCUCACAUUUCGGAUAAGGGAGAUUCAACCUGUAUUGUUGCACCGUCUGUUCGCAAAAACCUGUGUCAAAGUUUUUUUCUUGUUUUUUUUCCUUGGGUUGGUUUAACAGACUGGAAUCAGAGAUGAAAUAUCUGUAGAAAUGGGUACAGUAUGUUGUUUUUGCUGCUUCCUGGCAGUGCUUCUGUUUGCAUACAAAUGCAGUUCAUGGUUGGGUACAGCCUUGACUGAGUUGGGAGCCAACUAUGUAGACAGGAGAAAAAUGCUCAGCUGGAUAUGUUGCAAUCACACAGUGAAAGGCAUAUAAAGAGUUUUUUUCUCUGCUGGGAUUCAGGUAUACGAGCUCAGUCUGGGUCAGAGCCAUUGGGAUUUUGCAGGGCAAUAGAAAAAGGGCUUUAUCACACAAGGCAGGCAAAUUGGCAUUGCAGCUGGACCAUCACAGUCCCUAUGAAACAAUACUGUGUGCAUCCUAUUACAGGUUGGGCUCCUCCCAAUAAUUAUUCUCUCCUCUGCUGUUAACAAGUUAAAUACAUCAAUAGCUCACAAUCACCUACAUUGGUUCUUUCAGUUACCUUGCUAUUCUGUACCAAAAUGCUGGCAGUAAAAUGACAUCGGGGUGGGUUUCUCCUCCUCUUCCUCCCCCCUCUCCUCAUUAUUCCCAAACUUGCCAUUUUUAAAUUUUCAUAUUUUAUCAUAGACUUGCCUUUUUAUUUUUAAAAGCUGGAAUUACACAAUUGCACUAAAAAUGAGGAGUGGUUGGAAGACAAGGAUAUAUAGAAGGAUGAUCGCAGGACCAUGAAUGGGAAAACUGAUGCAAUUUCGCAAUUGAAGGGAGGUGCAAUAUCGAAGGUGCUCAACUCGGUGUGUAUCUGCUAUGAAUGAUAGAAAGUCUGGAGUGGAAUAGCAGAUUUGUGUGAUAAAGUCCAGCGGCCUUAGCGGUCCCAGCUAUACCUGCAAAAGGAGUGUGAUUGAAAGAACAGCCUCUCCUGAGAACUUCUAGGCAAACUUACCUAAGAGGAUAUUGGAAAAAGUGGUCUCCCACAUAUUUGCAAACAUCUUCAUUUGGUGCUCUGGAAGGUUAGGUAGCCUUCAGACCAGAAUUUCAGGUGUUGGUGAGAACUAGUUUUGGAGGGAAAGGAAAUAUUCCUUGCAGAAGGGAGGAAACUACAUCUUCCUUUGUCUUCUGAUGGGGAUCCUUUCGUCUGUAUUACUACAUCCUGACUUCUGUUCUUAAGGUUGUAAUGUGUUGCUAGGAUGGAUUGCCCUGGCUGUAUGGUUGCCACUUUUCACACACUCAUAAUGGAACUUCUUAUCGUAGUUUAGAAAGGGAACGUUUGCUAAUACAAUCCGAUUAUUUUUUUAAAGCGGGUUAUUCGCUGCAAUGAGGCAGAAUUCAGAUAAUUUGUUCUGCACUGGAAGUACGCAAAGCAUCUGGGUUGCAAUGUCACUCUGGGGAAGAUCUUGGCAUAUGGAGGAGGCUUGAAACACUAAUGCUGACUGCUUUUAAAAUAAAUUUUCCAAUAUCUGGUCCAUAUAAUCUGCCCUCUUGCUUUUCCAAGCAGCCAGGUAAGUACCGCCAGGAAGUCUGCAACUAAUGUUUAAAAGCAACAGUACUGUUCAUCUCUUACUUCAGUCUUGGAGAAGUUACUUUGUGGAAUAUAGUUCCCAGAAUUUCCAAGACAGCAUGAGCACAAGCCAUGAUAGCUGGGGGAUUCUGGCAACUGUGAUGUAAACAAAAUAUCUUUCUUCUGCCUGUUUUGCUGCUCCCUGCAGCUGAUAUUAAGUGGUACCUCACUUCUUAAUAUAGGAGUUCCAAAAGUAAUGGCAGCUAAAUGACCGUGAUAGAUUUGUCAAUUUCUUUUUUCAAAAGGUUGUUUAAACCAAUGGUUAUUGCAGUGUAUUUAGAUAGUAAAUUGUGUUGGUUAGGUGAUGAUCCCCUUUUGAAUUAAUCUGUCCUGCUUCUAUUGCCAGCCAGUUUUAUUGGGCCAAACAAUAGACUAUGACAUGCAGGGGUGAUUGAAAGAGACACAAAUUCUCUCCAGGUUUUGGACCAUAAAUGGAUAAUCUGCACACACAGAAUGCUUAGCACAUUCCCAACAUUUGACCACAGGUGAUGGCUAUGAGGUUCUGGAACCAUAGUCCAAAAAGCCACUUUUUCCAAGGGCAGAGAGGGAUCUCUGAUGUCCAGCCAAUUUCAGGCUGGUAGGUAAUUUCAGUGUGGAUUUGCCUUUGGAUCCAUCACAGCCAAACUAUUGUGCAAGCCAUGGUUUAAGUUUUUCUAGAAAACAAGGUUAACAAUGCAUUGGUUACAGUCAUUUUGGUUUAAUUGUGCGUUCUUGCACUUCAGUAAAUCGUUUACCACCUUCUUUCCCACUUGUAGCCACCACGCGAAGAUCUAUGGCCAUUCCUGUGCCAUAUUGGUGCUUGAGGUUAAAGCUACAAACCACAUGCAGAAAUACACAUAAAGCACCCGUGCCACUUGUGAACAGUGCCCAAAAAGUAGCGUUCGAGAUAGUCCCCUUCUUCCGCCUCAGGGCAGGAUGGCCGUUGCAAACAAACCUUGCUGUUGAUAGUAGCACCAGACCGCAGGAGACUUACUGCUGGGUUGUCAGUAUGUGAAAGUGCUUAUUAACUGAAAUAGGAAAGCAAACCGUUUACUUAUAUGCUGCUACGUUAUACAGAGACAAGUGUACUUGGAUGUAAAUAACUGUUCUGUAUAUGUAUAUAUGAUUAUUAAAGCAAAACGUGUACAAAAAGAGAGAGAGGAUGUAGGAGGACUCUCUUAGCAACUGAGUUUUACAGUAAGAGCAGAUCUUUGCUGUCAAGAACUGUGCUUUGGAGACUGACUUAGGGGUUCGGAAAAGCCCCAUGGAUUUCAUACAGCAUCAAGGUCACAAUACACCUCCCUGAGGUUAUGACAAGGGGGUCUUGUUUUGGUGUCUGUUUCGUUAACCUGUUGACAGUCGUAUGGGGGAACCUCCAGGUUUUUGUUUGUUUUUGACCAUUUUGGUGUAUUUUUUGAUUUGUGGUUGAAACCAAGCUCACUUCAACGGGGCCACAGGGUGCCUUCAUCCUGUUUCCGAGGCCUCUGUGAAGUUCCUGACGAGAGCCAGCCCUUUCCUCCUUGCAAAUGGGCGGUUGACCGAAUAUGGCCAUGAAAUAAAAAGAUGACCCCAGAGGACCUGGAAAUUCCCUCUGUUGAAAUAGCACUUUAUAAUCUUUGCUUCCGCUUCCUGGCCAAUGUGACCAAAGAACUGAUGGGAGGAUGCGGGAUGUGGUAGGAAAACAUUGUCUUUAGCACAGAUCUGAAACAUAAAAUUAUAACACUGUGGCAAAAGGAGCAGAUGCGCACACACUAUUUGGGUGUAUGAUGUGACAAGACUUCUGGGCUGGGUAACCCCUUAUCGAUCAAAAUAACGGGUACUGAAAUGUGCACAUUUAAGAAGUUACUAGGUGAGGAAGAAUGGCUCCCUUUGUUUUCACUCUCUGUUUUGCCAGCUUCCUUCGAUCUGUGAGGUGCAGUCUGUACCUUUUUAGAUGUUUCUCUUAGCGCCCAUGAGGGUUAUAUCCUCAUUCAUUCCUUUUCCAAGCAAAAGCACAGAUUCUCAGGUAGACGGGUGCUGUGUUGAAACUGGUCUCUCUGUUGGGCAUGAGCAGACCAGAAUCUGGAAACACUGAUCAGAAUCUGGGUGAUAUGUGUAAUGCAACAGUUGCAUUCAGUUCAUGGUUGCACAGGCAGAGUUCUGCUAGUGUAACUAUUGCCCAUGCAGUUGUACUAUCACUGAAAGUGAAUAACUGCUGCUAGUGUCUUCCAUGUACUGGGAUUGCUUAUUUCCUCCCUUUCACUAUGGGACAACAAAGGAGGCAUAUUGGGAAAUACCUGGUCAGUUGUACAAUGUUGAUAUUCAGCAAAAGUAUGGAUUAGUCCAAGCAUCACCACUUAGAUGUGUCUCUGUAAUUUUGUGUACAAUGUAGGGCCUGGGUUAGUACAAUUUUAAAUGAAUGCUCCCAGAAUCCUAUGUCCUGUGGACAUGUAAGUUGAGCAGUUCUUCGAGAUGCAGUUCAAAUGAUUUACUUUUCCAGGCUCUGCUGCCUCAAGUGUUUUUGAUGUUUGUGGUGAGUUUCAUGCAUGAAAAAGGCCUCAUUUGGAUGACCCCUUUUGCCUAAACUCUGGGUUAAGAAAAAGCUCAAAAUAGCUAGACCUGAGCGCUCACUCACAAGUUUUACACUGUUAUAAAAUACCAGUUUUUGGGGCAAAUAACCACUGUGAUUUUGGAUAAACAGUAAGCCUUUUAAUAACUCAACCCACAUAAGUUAUGUGGUUGUAGGAGAGUUCUGUGUUGCUCUUGAUCACAGGAUAUAUAAGAGAAAUAUAUUUUAUAUACAUUUCACUUUUUGUCCUUGAGGUGCUGAACAUUGGGAAGAACAUCCUGACUGUAAGGAUAGCUGUUCAGCAGUGGAAUUCUCUGUUUCCUCGUAAUGUAUUGGAGACUGCUACUUUGGAGGCUUUUAAACAGGUUGUAUAGCCAUCUGUUGGGUGUGCUCUGAUUGUGCUUCUCCUGCAUGGCAGGGGGUUGGACAGGAUGGUCCUUUCAAUUGUAUGAAUUUAGGAGAGAAUGAGGACCCCCACCAUCACUCCCUUUUGGGGCAUGUGAAGGGCCAGGGAGACAGUCAUUUUGGUGUUACUUCCUCUGAUGGUGUCACCUAGUGUGAUCCAAACUCAAUGCACAUAUCUAGCAACAUAAUAUAUAUGUUAAGAGAACUCUUGCUCCUAUGGACCUCUUCAGCAGAUCCUUUUGGAAGAGAGGUGAGACCCUAGUUCACUAUCCAAAGCCCUUUUUUCAGAGUGCUGCCCUGGUUAAACUAGUUCCUGGCCAGGCGGAAUUUGCAAAAUCUCUCUCUCAACCCAAGUAAUCUUUUCAAGGACCAGUCUAUGUAGGUGUAGUAAGCAGAUGAGAAAUGUAAUCACAGUUGGUAGAGUGUCACAUGUAGAUAACACCCCCGCAAAAUCUGCAGAGGUGUAUGUCUCUCCUUGUGAGCACCAAGAUGCUUUGCAAAUGCCACACACAGAAAAGACAGAAUAUGUGGAGUAGAAUUUCUGGUGUCUCUACAGGCUGAUUGCUAUGGCUAAAAUGCAUAUGCACACACCAGUGAAUGUGAUCACACAAGUGUGCCAUUGGAAAGGGCACACAAGUGAUGUUAUAAACCAGGGAAAUGGGUAAAUCUCAUCACAUGGUUGUACAUUACAUGUGCCGUUGACUUGCACAUUGGUUCCUGAUGCUUACAGUUAAGAACAAACAAUAAACAGCAAGAUUCCAUUCCAGGGUUCCUCGAAAAUAUACUACUAAAGAGGGAAAGGAGCACAACAAGUCAUGGCUUUAAUUUUGCCAGAUUUACAGUUGCCUGUGAACCUGAAAUACUCUUAAAAUAAAUGGCCAAUGCUUCCAAAGCAAGGAUUUGUAGUAUGCAAAAGAUCAGUCCCUACAACUGAUACUACCUGUCUUUUAAUUGGUAUUAAAUGGGGAUGGACAGAAUAUUCAAAAAUAUGUGGAAAAUGGUCAGAAUAUAUGUUUCUCUGGUGUCAAAAAUAUUAUCAAGAAGAUUCCUGAACUGACAAAAAUUCUGCAAUUCAGGCUAUAUUUUGCACAAAAUUUACACCAUUGCGAGCUUUGUCACAAAACCAAUUUUUUUAAUGCAGAACAACAACAAUACAAAUUCGUUUCUUGUACAGAAAACAAAGUAAGUUCUAAAUGGUUUCUUGCAAUGGGAAGAAAGUAAAAUUACUCAUGGCUUCUUUUGAGAACAUAAUUUGCAGAGGAAUAGUUUUCUAUUGUGGUAUAAAAUCAAUGAAUGGUUGCACUGUGAAUAGGACUGGAACAUCAUCAAAUGGUACGGAGUUUGAACCCAGAGGCUUACAAGAACCCUUUGCUUUCUAUAAGCUGAGCACGAGCAAAACAUCUUGAAAUCUGAGGCAGAAAAUUCAAUUGGAAUCUCCCCCAUCCACAGAAGGAAAAAAACAAAGUACAAACUGUAGAAACAAUAAAUAAAACCCACUCAUACAAUAUACAUACACUAAAACAAGACUAAUAAACUAAAAGACUAGUGUACAGACUUCUCACUCUCUAUCCUUUGGUUUUCUAAUACUAACAAGUCCAUUCUCUUAAGAAAUGUUACUUCACACUUCUACAUUUAAUAAUAUAAUACAAACUCAUAAAUCCUACAAUAAUGGGAGUUGUCAUUCAAUAACACCUGGGGACCCAAAUGGGAAAAACUAAAAAGCACCAAGCACUAUGUAAAAAUUUUUAGUUGGCUUUCUGAAUCCACAGAUUCUCCAUCCAUGGAUUCAAUGGCCGUUUGAAGGCAACCACAAUAAGGCUGAUGUGGCCCUUGGUGAUGAAAAUGAGUUUGACAGCCCUGUAGUAAGGGCAUCGGAGCCUGGAACAGUAAUUUUUCAUUUUGGAGGGAUUUGGUGAUUGAGAGAGCUGUAGUUCAUCCCAUCCAAAAACCUUCCAACUUUUUCAAGCUCUGGAAAGAAUGCACAAAAUGUUCAGUUCGUUGUUGAGAUAUUCCAGCACAGUAUUUGAUUUCACCAGCAAUAAUAAUAACUGCCAGUCUAUACACAUUUCGGAUUUUAUACGGGAUGCACCAUCUUUCCAGCAAUCGGGGGGGGAGGGGAAUCUAGACUGGCCCUGCGUUAGCAGUUUGGAAGUGAAACUGCCUUCUUCAAAUCCUUAAUUUAUAAAACAAAGCCUCAAUUUCUUUGUUUAUCUGCUCUUACUGUGAAUUUAAAGCCGGAAGUGUACUGAUCAAAACUGUUAAUCUUUUGUCAAAAACACUGACUGUUGAUGGUUCUUUGAACUACCGUAUGUCUGAAAUUUGCAAAAAAUAAAAUUAAAAGGGGGAAAUCUAUAUACAUAUGUACACACACACACAUUUAUAAAAUGACAAAAAUAAUAAGAUUUCAGAACAGUAUAAUUUUGGGUUAGCCUCUCUGCUUCUUGCAUUGCAACAUUGUUCUAUCAACUUUGUUUUUACUGGUUAUUGUAUUUAAUAGAAUGAAAUAAAGUCAUUACCUUUUGUUUGUUUAGCAGAGGUAUCAUUCUAGAAUGGUUGCUUAUUGCACAUUUCAGUCUCCUAUUCUAUUGUACAUCUUCAUUGGGAACAGUUAUUGCCUUUGGAGUUUUUUUCCUUAAUAGUGUAAAUAGAUAUAUCUAUAUAGAGGUAUGUGUACAUAUGUGUGUGUACAUAUAUAAAUAUAUAUAAAUACAUUAUACAUGUAUCUGUCUAUAUCUC